AUGCCAUGGGGCAGUGACGGCGCCGGUGAUGCUGAAGCAGCUGGAACGAGCAGCGGCUCUCAGAGUCUACGGGAUGAAAAUGUUCACUUGCGAAGUGUUAGCAUGACAGCACUUGAAAAUCGACAAAUCAUCCAGAAAAAGCGUGGAACUGGCACGGUUGACGAGGAUGCCAAAAGUCAGCAACUUGCACCACACCAACAAAUCGGAUUUUUGAGGCGGACAUUCAGUUUUCAGGUCUAUUUUUCCUGCAUUUCUCAUUUUUAA